UUAUUCAACAAAUCCUAUCCGUCCACUUGUGCGACGUGUGAUAAAUCUGUUGCGUGUUUGAGGCGGUUUCCUAUGAGUUGCGGCGUCUUUUAAGUAUAUGUCAAGCAAGCUUCAUAAAUGGUUGUACUGAUGCAAAAACAGAGCUAAGUUGUAGUUUUUGAGUUUUGAUAUUUGGAGAAGACAAUAAUGGCAAGUAACAAUAUGGAUCUUUCGCCUGUGGAGCUUCCUGCGGCGCCUCUGUCUUGGAAGAAACUGCUCAUGCUGAAAAAGGGUGUUAGAGCAAAGAAGAAUGAGGUUGUAUUUGUUGCUCCAACAGGAGAGGAGAUAAGGAAUAAGAGGCAGUUGGAGAAGUACCUGAAAACACACGAUGGAAAUCCUGGUAUGUCAGAAUUUGAUUGGACUACUGGUGAGGCUCCAAGGAGAUCAGCACGGAUCAGUCAGAAGGUUAAGGCAAUGCCACUUCCAGCAGUGCUUGAGCCGGCAAAGAAGCGACAACGUACGUCUUAUGCUACAAAAAAAGAAGAGGAAAUGGAUAUCGCAGAUAUAGAGAAGGAAAACAUGGAAUCUGCCAUAGAAGAAAAGGAAGGCUUGGAGAAGGAGGAGAAUAUAGUAGAAGUUGAAAUGGAGGACAAGGGGGGUGAGAUGGGCGCUAAUAAGGAAAAUACAGAGCAUAAAAAAGAAGAGGAAAUGGCUGGUACAGAGGUUUCAGAUAGGAAAACUGAGGCCAGCAAUGACAUUCAGUUUGAGGAUGGAGGAGAUAAAAUGGCUGAAAAUGUUACAGAGGAGACUAUAGCAAUUGAUGCCGACUUCUGGAAUGAUUCCAUGGACAAGGACUAUUUCAAGGGAGUGUUUGCAAAUGCUGUAAUUGGAGAAACAAAUGGUGCUGAAGCAGGAAUAGAAGUCGGGGAGAAACCAGGAUACGGGGAAAAUCUAGAGUCCCAGAUUGAUAUAGACAUUAGUGGAGCAGAUAACAUGAAUCACGACAUUCCAGAUAAGGGUACACCAGAAAGAAAAGUCGCAGGAGGAGAGACGUACAACAUUCAGGACCCUGCAUUUGUUGGAGAAGCUAGUGGUUUCCGUGAAGAGCCUAAUUCGGUGGAGGAGGAGAAAAAUAAGAACAGGGCUGGCCUGGUUAUGGAUAAUUGCCAGAUUAAUCAGCCAGAGCGAGCACAUACCCCACAACAUCAAUCUGUUGCCACCAUUAGUUGUUGAGUGUAGCAUCUAAAAUAAAUUAGGCCUUCGCCCAGUGCAUGUUUAAUCCGUACUAGGACGAUUAUAAUAGUUUGCUUAGUAGUUUAGGAAUUAGCGUUUUAGAGAUCAACUUUCCUGAUCUUUCUGUGAUCUGUACUUUGUGAUAUAUUGUGGUCUUCUAGUAUCUUACUAACAUAAAUAAAUGUCAACUUGUUCAUUGUGA